GUCAAACUAAUUGAAGAAAUAAAUUGCUCCACUAGUGUAUGGAGGGUCAAAGUACCUCUAAAAAAAAAUACAAGGAUAUAAUUAGUUACCACUUAAAUACUUAUAAUUUUGUUUAUAUAGUACACGUGAAUCAGAAUUAAAUUGGAAUUAUAUAUUUAUACGAUACCAGACUUGUUUAAAUUAAAUCUGGCAUCUCUGUUUGAAUUUUACAUAGACUCCGCCUAUUUUAAGGGAGGUCAGCUGGGUGCUGGGAAAUUUUGAGGAACUUUUAUGUCAGUUUUUGUGAAGAAUUGAAAAAUUAAGGUAUUUGUAAACGUGAUGUCAACAUAUCCUUUCUCCAAUUACCAUAAAAAAGUGCUUAGAUUUUAGUUUUUUUACGUAGUGAAUAUGUUUCGCGAAAGGACCGUAAUUCCUUGAGAACCUUGUCUCUUGUGAUAAGGAUAAGAAUUCUUAUCAAGUGUUAUUUGACAGCUGGGCAUUUAACAAUAUGUUAAUAAAUACAAACCACUUUUAUUCAUCAAUUUUUCGUUGAGAUUAAAAUGUUUUCGUUUGAAAAUUUUGUGCUCAAUAUUCUAUUCAGCGUUGUAUUUUUGACAACUCAAACAUGUUUAUCUAAAGAAGUGAAACAUAUGAGCCUCAAAGAACGUGUACAACUGAGGGAAGAAGCUAGGGAUAUGUUUUAUCAUGCUUAUAACGCAUACAUGGAUAAUGCAUAUCCAGCUGAUGAAUUAAUGCCUCUUAGUUGUACAGGUCGGUAUAGAGGAGUAUCUCCAAAUCGAGGAGACAUUGAUGAUUCAUUAGGAAAUUUUUCAUUAACUUUGAUUGAUACUUUGGAUGCUUUGGUGAUACUUGGAGAUCUUGCUGAAUUUGAACAUGCGGUAAAACUAAUCAUCAAUGACGUUACUUUCGACAACGAUGUUGUUGUUUCUGUUUUUGAAACGAAUAUUCGGGUCGUUGGAGGAUUGCUAUCAGCACAUAUCUUGGCGGAGUAUUUACAACAAAGAGACGGCAUAAUGCCUUGGUAUAAAGGAGAACUUCUGGAUUUAGCGAAAGAUGCUGGAUAUCGAUUAUUGCCUGCGUUUAAUACGACUACAGGAAUCCCUCAUUCGAGGGUGAAUAUGAAAUAUGGUUUGAAAAGUGAUAGAUUAGAAUCUGCUAGAGAAACAUGUACCGCUUGUGCUGGUUCCAUGAUACUUGAAAUGGCUGCUUUGUCACGUUUAACUGGUGAACCAAUAUUCGAAAUGAAGGCCCAAAAAGCUAUGGACGAAUUAUGGAAAAUGCGUCACCGUAGCUCUGAUCUCAUGGGUACUGUUUUGAAUGUUCAUUCGGGUGAUUGGGUUAGAAGAGAUUCUGGUGUAGGAGCCGGAAUAGAUUCCUAUUAUGAAUAUUGUUUAAAAGCCUAUAUACUACUAGGGGAAAAUAAAUAUCUCAAUAGAUUCAAUAGACAUUAUAAUGCCGUUAUGAAGUAUAUAUCUCAGGGACCAAUGUUACUAGAUGUCCAUAUGCACAGACCGCAUACGAAUUCUCGUAAUUAUAUGGACGCCCUUCUAGCUUUUUGGCCGGGUCUUCAAGUUUUAAAAGGAGAUAUCAAACCUGCCGUAGAAACUCACGAAAUGCUUUAUCAAGUGAUGCAGCGUCACAAAUUUAUUCCGGAAGCUUUCACGACUGAUUUUCAAGUACAUUGGGGUAAUCAUCCAUUAAGGCCGGAAUUUUUGGAAUCUACUUAUUUCCUUUAUAUCGCCACUGGCGAUCCGUACUAUUUAGAGGUAGGGAAAAACGUCCUGAAAAGUCUUCAGAAGUACGCCAGAGUGCCUUGUGGAUAUGCCGCAGUUAAUGACGUUCGAACUGGUAAAAAGGAAGAUAGAAUGGAUUCUUUUGUAUUAGCAGAGACUUUCAAAUAUCUGUUUUUAUUGUUCGCCGAUAAAGAUGAUCUCAUUUUAAAUUUGGACGAGUUUCUGUUUACUACCGAAGGGCAUUUGUUGCCCCUUACACUUUCCGGUCGAACUAUGAACGGAAGUAAAACAGUAGAUUUAGAUUUAGACGAUUGUGAAUUUGAUAGAACUUGUCCAAAUACAUUGCGCUUAUUUCCUGAAUCGUUUCGUAAACCUCUCCAAAAUAUGGUUGAUGGAAUGUGUCCUAAAAGAUCUCAAAAACGAAGACUUACCGCAUCUGAAUUUUCUGCUGUUAAUCUUAAUCAUCUCAAAAUUAUCAAAGAUAUGGGUAUAAAUAUUAUAGCAUUAAACGAUGGAAGGGUGCAGUUAUUGCACAGUUUUUCAGCAGCUCGUUCAGCAGCAGACGCCGAAGAAGGUCUUCUAUUUAUGCAAGAAAUGGUAGAAUUAACCAAACUUCAAUCAGAGGAACCGGUACCGUCUGCACAAGCUGUCACAAUUGCAAUAAAAGAUGCAAAUGACGAAGAACAGUUGUUAGUAUUACACGCUGGUCCUUCUCAGUUCGGUAGGAACUUGAAAGGGGAUCAAUUCGUUACAGCACCAGCUGAAUUAGUUAACCCAAUAAGAGGUUGCGAAACUCCUAAUGAACCCAACCGAAUAAAAGGUAAGAUAGCGGUGAUGGAGCGAGGAGAUUGUAUGUUUGUGGAUAAAGUAAGGAAUAUCCAAAAAUAUGGCGCGGUUGGAGCUGUAAUAUUGGACAACGUUCCUGGAAGCAGCGCCGCUAAUUCGCCGAUAUUCUCGAUGUCCGGAGACGGAACCGACGACGUGAAAAUACCAGCCGUAUUUAUUUUUACACAAGAAGCGUCUAAAUUACUUUUGGCUUUGAAUAAAUAUCCCCAAUCGGAAAUUACUAUAAGAGAACUCAAAGAAUCUGAUAAUUUUUCUCAGAACGAAGAAGAAAGUAUGUUUCAGAAAUUGAAAAUCUCCGUCCAAGAAUUUCUUAACAAGCAUACCGGAUUGGCUUUUACGAAAACUGUGGAAUUAGGAGGAUUCCGUGCUAAUGUAGGUAAUAGCAAAGUUAGAAUAACAUACGAAGGUACACAAGAGGAAUUUACACCUACGAAUGACGUCGAAAUAAACGACCAGUGGAUAAAAAUCAGAAAAGGUCUUCUCAAAUCUAUUCUAACUUCGGAAAAUAGAGAACUGCUAGUGCCUCUAAAUAUUUUAAGGAUAUAUUAUCAAACAUUGAGCGGAGUUUCUUCUAAAGAUGCUUCUAAGGUAGAUAUAGUGAAACAAACAGAGUGGUUACUUGAAGAACUUUCCAAAGAAUACAAGAAAAAAGAUGACGAUUUAGUACAAGCUGAACCAGAUCCGGGUAUUACUAUAAUUACAGAAAUGACGGAAACCGAUAAGGACGCCUUAGUUAAACAAAACAAAAAUAAAAAAUUAAAAGAACUCAAUUCCUUAUUAGAGGAUGCCGAGAUUAUAAGUAUCUUGGAAUCCAAAUUAGAUAAAGCAUUUAAUAAAUUAAAAUUAGAAGUAUCCGAUGAAAUAAUUGUUGGUGAUAUCAAAAGUGAUAAGCAGAACGAGAAAAACAUUAGGGAUAACAAUGUAUCAAAUAAUAAACGUAACAUCGAUGAAUUAUGAUCUCACUAAAAGAUGAUACCUUAACAGGAUUAAUAUUUCGGACUGAUGUUACCAAAAAAGUUUUUUAAUUAGUAUUUGUAUAGAUUUUCCAAUUAAAAAUGCAGCCCUGAUUUUUCAGUAUGGUAAAAAGGGUGGUAACUAAUAGUUCGUUUUAACUUCUAUUCUUUUUUCUGCGUAUGAUUCAUUUGAACUACUUUUUAUUUUUCUAUACAUCCGGUUGUGUGAUAGUUCAUUUAGACUACUGGACAUAUAAAUUCCAUUUAAAGAAUCAUCUCUGAAUUCUCUGUGCUGUAAAAAGGAGUAGUAAUUAAUGUUAAGUUUGAACUACUGAACAUAAAAUUCUACUAAAAAAAUUUAGUUCCAAAUUCUCAGUGCGGUAAAGAUGCUAGUCAUAGCUGGUUUGUUUGAACUACUUUUUAUUUUUCUUCAUAUCCUAUCAAGUUUGAUAGUUCAUUUAAACUACUAAACAUUUUUCAAUUAUGUAUAAAUGAAAACUAUGCUUUUCAUUUCAAGAGAUCUUUCUAAAAAUCAUUUACACAUUUUAUUUGCUGAAUAGAAGGUAUCCAAAACAUGAAAAAUUCCAUGUUUUUUUAUGAAAAAUUGUGUUAUCUAAAAAUAAAAUGUCCUUGAUAUGAUUCCUAAAAAACAACCUGUCGCAAAAAUUUUUUAACAUGUGUAAUUGUGGAUUGUACUAUUCCAAUUGAAGUUGUCUCUAAUAAAACAAAAAUAGUUAAAAUGGGACAGUAAGAAGUAAAAUUUUUGCAAUCCCAUUUCUGUUUUAUAUUAUUAGCGAAAUUCAAAUCAAAAACAAUGGAAACUUCUUAGUAUUAUUUAAUAAACAUGAGAUUGAUGUAAAUUCUUUUUAUUUUGAAUACAAGACGUCUCAUUAGGAAUACAUUAUUGAAAUUUUCCUUUUUUGUAAUUUGAUAUUUCUUCAAUACAUUAAAUUCAUUUUUUAAUACUAUUUUCUAUCCUCAAAAGAAAUUCAAACACUUUUUAUUGAUAAAAUGUUCUAAUUUUUAAUAAAAUGAAUUAACAUUCAGAUAUGCAGGAUUUUAAUUUGAAUGUUCAGUUAAUUAGACUACUAGUUGAAGUAAUAAUUGAAUUUCAGUUUUAAAAAUUGAAAUUUUUUAUAUUGGUACAUCUUCUAUCUUUCAAAUGCAACCCCUUUGUAUACUCAAUCUCCCCAAUUUAAAAUAUUUAUUUUGUAAGAUAAAGUUACGUCUUUUUAUUUGAUAUAUUGUUACAUACUGUACAUAUAAGUCACUUUUUUUUAGUUACUCAUCCAUUGUACACUGUGUACAUAUGAUAUUUAUAAAAAAAAUGUGAAAGAAAUAUUUUUAUAUACACGUUUAAAAAUUUGUUGAGUGUAAUUAAAAGAUUUUAUUACCUGGCAAAAUUUGUUUUUUUCUUAAC